CCAGUGGUUAAUGGUCUUCCUCUUCCACAUCGACGUGUCAGAAGGCAAAGACCACAAAAAUACAAAAGUAAAAGUUUCCUGCCAUUUCGCAUAUGUAUUUGCCCCGCACAUAGCCACACAAAAUUGAUAAGCUGCCAGUAGCCCGUACUCCACCAACACAGGACCCAGCACCACCACACCCACCAGCAAGAUGGUUCUCGCGGAUUUGGGACGCAAGAUAACCACGGCGUUGCACUCACUGAGCAAGGCGACCGUAAUCAAUGAGGAGGCGCUAAAUGCCAUGCUUAAGGAGAUCUGCGCGGCUCUCCUGGAGGCGGACGUCAAUAUCCGGCUGGUGAAGCAGCUGCGCGAGAAUGUGCGCGCCGUCAUCGAUUUCGACGAGAUGGCCGGUGGCCUGAACAAGCGCCGCAUGAUCCAGUCCGCUGUUUUCAAGGAGCUCAUCAAGCUCGUCGAUCCCGGCGUGAAACCCUACCAGCCCAUCAAGGGUAAAGCCAACGUCAUCAUGUUUGUGGGUCUCCAGGGAUCCGGAAAGACAACCACGUGCACCAAGCUGGCCUAUCACUACCAAAAGCGCAAUUGGAAAUCGUGCCUUGUGUGCGCCGAUACGUUCCGUGCCGGAGCCUACGAUCAAAUCAAACAAAACGCCACCAAGGCACGCAUUCCUUUCUAUGGCAGCUAUACGGAGAUCGAUCCCGUGGUUAUUGCACAGGAGGGUGUGGAUAUGUUCAAGCGCGAGGGCUUCGAAAUGAUCAUCGUUGAUACAUCCGGAAGGCACAAGCAGGAGGAGUCACUCUUCGAGGAGAUGUUGGCGGUCGCAAAUGCCGUUAAUCCGGACAACAUUAUCUUCGUGAUGGACGCCACCAUCGGACAAGCUUGCGAGGCUCAGGCAAAGGCUUUUAAGGACAAAGUAGACAUCGGUUCAGUGAUUAUCACCAAGUUGGAUGGCCAUGCCAAGGGAGGCGGUGCUCUGUCAGCCGUUGCGGCCACACAGUCGCCCAUUAUUUUCAUCGGCACAGGAGAGCACAUCGACGACCUGGAACCUUUCAAAACGAAACCUUUUGUGAGCAAGUUGCUGGGCAUGGGCGACAUUGAGGGGCUGAUAGAUAAGGUCAACGAACUCAAGCUGGAUGGAAACGAAGAGCUGUUGGAGAAAAUAAAGCACGGCCACUUCACAAUCCGCGAUAUGUACGAACAGUUCCAGAACAUCAUGAAGAUGGGCCCCUUUUCGCAAAUCAUGAACAUGAUUCCCGGCUUCUCGCAGGACUUCAUGACCAAGGGUGGAGAGCAGGAAUCGAUGGCACGGAUCAAGCGAAUGAUGACCAUGAUGGACAGCAUGUCGGACAACGAACUGGACAACCGAGACGGAGCCAAGCUCUUCAGCAAACAGCCAACACGUUCGGUGCGCGUAGCCCAGGGUGCCGGCGUCCUGGAAAGGGAGGUGAAAGAGCUGAUUGCUCACUACACGAAAUUCGCAGCGGUGGUGAAGAAGAUGGGCGGCGUGAAGGGCCUCUUCAAGCAAGGCGACAUGACCAAGAACGUUAACCCCAACCAAAUGGCCAAGCUCAACCAGCAGAUGGCGAAAAUGAUUGAUCCACGGAUGCUGCAGCAGAUGGGCGGUGUGGGUGGCCUGCAAAAUAUGAUGCGACAGCUGCAACAAGGAGCGGCGGGCGGCUUGGGUGGACUGGGGAACCUGAUGGGCGGCUUCGGUGGCAAGUGAACGAGGCGUGUAAAUUUAAUGAUUUUGUAUGAUUUUGUUUUCGCAUAGUUCGUAAUUUGUUAGCCAUUGUUUCCAUUUGUCCCAGACCACAAAAAUUGACAAAUGGCAAGGAAGCGAAUAUAAAGGCUAUAGCCUAUACAUAUAUAUACGUGCAAACAGUUAACAAUUUGGUUUUUGUACGGCUUGGCGGCCCCAUAGUGUCAGUUUUUAUAGUUUGAACAGUUUUCUGUACUACGAAUAAAUGGAAGUCACAUGCCCCUCAAAAUACCCAUGGAGCAUUUGAAAUAGAUAAUAAACAAUAAAAAAAAAAACAGAAUUAAAUGGCA